UCAUUGACACCUCCACCCUCUCCCCACCUUCUCCCCACCCCAGGCUUCACCCAAACUCUGACCUCUUACUCUCUGCUUAACUCUGGUCCCAGGCAGCUAAGACAAAGCGAAAGGCAGGGCAGCAUGAGCCGAUCACCCUUCAAUCCCAACCAACUCCGAUCAGUGGGCUCCCAGGAUGCCCUGGCUCCCCUGCCUCCACCUGCUCCCCAGAAUCCCUCCACCCACUCUUGGGACCGUCUGUGUGGAUCUCCGGCCUGGGGCCUCAGCUGUCUUCUGGCUCUGCAGGUAGGAGGCAGAGGUGCAGGAGUUGGUGCUGCCUGAUGGUGUGUGUGGGGAAGUAGGUGUAGAUGUGAAAGCCUCUGGAAGUAUUGCAGGUAUUUCCACUUCUCUGAAGACUGCCCUCCCCAUUCCUCCACCUGCAGCAUGUCUUGGUCAUGGCUUCUCUGCUCUGUGUCUCCCACCUGCUCCUGCUUUGCAGUCUCUCCCCAGGAGGACUCUCUUACUCCCCUUCUCAGCUCCUGGCCUCCAGCUUCUUUUCAUGUGGUGUGUCUACCAUCCUGCAAACUUGGAUGGGCAGCAGGUGAGAGGAACCUCCCUGGAGAGAGGAGGCAGAGUCCUGGAGGGUGGGAGAGGUUUGGGGGAGCCUUGUUGGCUGCCACAUAUUUCCAGAUCUGCUGGGGCUGCUGUUCCUACAGGCUGCCUCUUGUCCAGGCUCCAUCCUUAGAGUUCCUUAUCCCUGCUCUGGUGCUGACCAGCCAGAAGCUACCUCUGGCCAUCCAGACACCUGGAAACUCCUCCCUCAUGAUGCACCUGUGUAGGGGACCUAGCUGCCAUGGCCAGCGGCACUGGAACACUUCUCUCCAGGAGGUGUCCGGGGCAGUGGUGGUAUCUGGGCUGCUGCAGGGCACGAUGGGGCUGUUGGGGAGUCCUGGCCGCGUGUUCCCCCACUGUGGGCCCCUGGUGCUGGCUCCCAGCCUGGUUGUGGCAGGGCUUUCUGCCCACAGGGAGGUAGCCCAGUUCUGCUCCGCUCACUGGGGGUUGGCCUUGCUGGUUGUCCUGCUCAUGGUGGUCUGUUCUCAGCACCUGGGCUCCUGCCAGUUUCAUGUGUGCCCUUGGAGGCGAGCUUCAGCUUCAUCAACUCACACUCCUCUCCCUGCCUUCCGGCUCCUCUCGGUAUGUGUGGGUCUGGACAGGGCAGUAGAGGUCAGAAGGGCUGGCCUGGAGUGCUCACUCCAUCCCCUACCUUUUGGCUUCUGUCUAACCCUCCAAGGGUGGCUCAGAAGGUUCUGGGGGAGGAGUUCUUUCCUCAGUCUCGCCGCUCAGGUGCUGAUCCCAGUGGCCUGUGUGUGGAUCGUUUCUGCCUUUUUGGGGUUCAGUGUUAUCCCCCAGGAACUGUCUGCCCCCACCAAGGCACCGUGGAUUUGGCUGCCUCACCCAGGUGAGUGGAAUUGGCCUUUGCUGACGCCCAGAGCUCUGGCUGCAGGCAUCUCCAUGGCCUUGGCAGCCUCCACCAGUUCCCUGGGCUGCUAUGCCCUGUGUGGCCGGCUGCUGCAUUUGCCUCCCCCACCUCCACAUGCCUGCAGUCGAGGGCUGAGCCUGGAGGGGCUGGGCAGUGUGCUGGCCGGACUGCUGGGAAGCCCCAUGGGCACUGCAUCCAGCUUCCCCAACGUGGGCAAAGUGGGUCUUAUCCAGGCUGGAUCUCAGCAAGUGGCUCACUUAGCGGGGCUACUCUGCAUGGGGCUUGGACUCUCCCCAAGGUUGGCUCAGCUCCUCACCACCAUCCCGCUGCCCGUGCUUGGUGGGGUGCUGGGGGUGACCCAGGCUGUGGUUUUGUCUGCUGGAUUCUCCAGCUUCUACGUGGCUGACAUAGACUCUGGGCGAAAUAUCUUCAUUGUGGGCUUCUCUAUCUUCAUGGCCUUGCUGCUGCCAAGAUGGUUUCGGGAAGCCCCAGUCCUGUUCAGCACAGGCUGGAGCCCCUUGGAUGUAUUACUGCACUCACUGCUGACACAGCCCAUCUUCCUGGCUGGACUCUCAGGCUUCCUACUAGAGAACACAAUUCCUGGCACACAGCUUGAGCGAGGCCUAGGUCAAGGGCUACCAUCUCUUUUCACUGCGCAAGAGGCUCGAAUGCCUCAGAAGCCCAGGGAGAAGGCUGCUCAAGUGUACAGACUUCCUUUCCCCAUCCAAAACCUGUGUCCCUGCAUCCCUCAGCCUCUCCGCUGCCUCUGCCCACUGCCUGAAGACCCUGGGGAUGAGGAAGGAGGCUCCUCUGAGCCAGAAGAGAUGGCAGACUUGCUGCCUGGCUCAGGGGAGCCAUGCCCUGAAUCUAGCAGAGAAGGGUUUAGGUCCCAGAAAUGACCAGUAUGCCUACUUCUGCUCUGGUUAAUUUAGCACUCUCAUCUGCUGGAGAAUCAGCUCCCGAACUGUUCUUUCUCAUAGGCAGAGGGUAUGUGUCUGUGCAUUAUAUGGGCCCGCCUAGAGGUUCCAUUUCCCAGUAGGGUGGGUUGCCUUUCCUUGUCUUAAUUAGGCCUAGCUAUUCCAGAGCAGAGGCCAUGAUUUAGUGGACCAUGAAUGAAUGAGAUUUUGCCUGUGUACUAUCAACGCCACUUGAACCCCAGCAUUCACUUUAACCUGUAUUGAGCAUCUCCCAUGUGCAAGGUCCUGGAACUACAGGGUUAAGACAGGGUCCAUGCCCUCUCAAGGCAUUUACGGUUUAAAAAGACCUUUGUAAUUACUAACGAAACUGCAAAGCAGAAAGCAGUCUGUAAUAAAGAUUAACAUAAUGCUGUGGGAGCAAAGAGGAA